AUGACCCCACACCACGAAUCAUUAACACAUCAGCCACACCACGAAUCAUUAACACAUCAGCCACACCACGAAUCAUUUACACAUCAGCCACACCACGAAUCAUUAACACAUCAGCCACACCACGAAUCAUUUACACAUCAGCCACACCACGAAUCAUUAACACAUCAGCCACACCACGAAUCAUUUACACAUCAGCCACACCACGAAUCAUUAACACAUCAGCCACACCACGAAUCAUUUACACAUCAGCCACACCACGAAUCAUUAACACAUCAGCCACACCACGAAUCAUUUACACAUCAGCCACACCACGAAUCAUUUACACAUCAGCCACACCACGAAUCAUUUACACAUCAGCCACACCACGAAUCAUUUACACAUCAGCCACACCACGAAUCAUUUACACAUCAGCCACACCACGAAUCAUUAACACAUCAGCCACACCACGAAUCAUUUACACAUCAGCCACACCACGAAUCAUUAACACAUCAGCCACACCACGAAUCAUUUACACAUCAGCCACACCACGAAUCAUUUACACAUCAGCCACACCACGAAUCAUUUACACAUCAGCCACACCACGAAUCAUUAACACAUCAGCCACACCACGAAUCAUUUACACAUCAGCCACACCACGAAUCAUUUACACAUCAGCCACACCACGAAUCAUUUACACAUCAGCCACACCACGAAUCAUUUACACAUCAGCCACACCACGCAAUCACGCAUACUUAA